AUGGAUCCACUUGUAAAAUUAAAUUUGAAAGAUCUUGAUACUGGUAUAACAUAUACAACAUAUCUUUCAUCGAAAGAUGUAAAAAGGGUGGAAACUGAUAUUGUUUAUGCUUCUAAAGUAUUGGAAGAUUUAAAGACGAGCAAAGGAGCUACAUCCAGCUCUGGUCUCAUGGUCCCAACAACAUUAAGUCCGAAUGUUGCUUCAGAACAGAAUGCUGAACAAGAUUCGGCUUUCAAAUGGUCGCAUCAGGCUAUUCUCCUUUUUAUUGAGGAAUUUCGGAAGCGAGAAGAAGAUACCAAAUCUGGCAAAAUAUCACAAAGACGAGUAUGGGACCAGAUAAGUGAAGUGCUUCGUAGCCAUGGACACGACGUUACUGGUCCACAAUGCCAAUCCAAAUUUAACGGGAUGAAGAAAACCUUUAAAAGCAUAAAAGAUCAUAACUCAAAAUCCGGAAAUGCUCCACGGGCCUGGCUUUACAUUGAACUGAUGGAAUCAUUAUUAGGCGAGAAACCUUUUAUGAAGCCUGUUGCUGUAGCCUCCUCCUCAGGUGUAAUAAUGAAGAAUGAAAGUAGCGACAGUUCCCUUGACGGUAGCUGUAGCAGUUCCAGCAAUGAUACUUCUUUAAGGUUGCAAAAGAAAGGCCACAAAAGAAAGGCCAAUAAUAUUGCAGAAGCCAUUCUUGAAAGUAGAAGAAUUUCCGAGGAAAAUAAAUUUCAACGUUAUAAGCAGACAACAGAGCAGCGAGCUAAACUUCUUGAAGUUUUAGAUAAACUUACUCAGAAAUUACAAGUAAUGUUUUUGGAUUAAAGUAUUUACCUUUAAUCUCUCAUUUUGUAUGGUUU